GGUCGGGAGAGCUGCGGCGCCCGCGGCUCGAGAGGGGGGGUGGAGGGGGUCGGAGAAAAAGCGGGGCGUGCGGAGGAGCGCCGGUCCCCCAGCGCCGCGGGAACUGGGAGGACUGCGCGGCCCUAGAGAACGGCGCGGCAGCACAGUCCCCGCGUGGCGCAGCGCGGCGGGGACGCUGGGACCUCCCCGCGCCCAGGCACCCUCAGCCGCCUCUUCCUUCACUCGCCGCCCGGGCAGCAGCGGCGCCCAAGUCGGAUGCGCCAUGUCCGGGGCCGGGUAGCCGUGCCGCCCGCCAGCCCGCCCUCCGAGCCACCCGCCAGAGCCCGGCCGGCCGGGGAGUAGCGGGGCAGAUGCAGUAAGUGAGGGGGGGGCCAUGGCGGAGGAGCGGCCCCCCCGGCUGGUGGAUUACUUCGUGGUAGCUGGGCUUGCAGGGAACGGAGCACCCAUCCCUGAGGAAACGUGGGUUCCUGAACCCAGUGGGCCCCUGCGCCCUCCCCGACCAGCUGAACCCAUCACUGAUGUGGCAGUCAUUGCUAGGGCACUGGGCGAGGAGGUGCCCCAGGGCUACACGUGCAUCCAGGCUUCUGCUGGGGGACAUCCCUUGGAACUCAGUGCGGGGCUUCUGGGUGGAACUCAGCCUGUCAUCUGCUACCGCAGGGGCCGUGACAAGCCCCCCCUCGUUGAGCUGGGGGUAUUAUACGAAGGGAAGGAACGUCCUAAGCCUGGUUUCCAAGUACUAGACACGACACCCUAUAGCCACUCAGCUAACCUGGCCCCUCCAGGCCCUGGGCACCCCCGCACCUACCUCACUUACCGGCGGGCAGCAGAAGGGGCAGGGCUGCAUGCCUUGGGCAUCACUGACCUCUGCCUGGUCCUGCCCAGCAAGGGAGAGGGCACUCCUCACACCUACUGUCGACUGCCCCGCAACCUCAACCCUGGCAUGUGGGGCCCAGCAGUGUACCUGUGCUACAAGGUGGGCCUGGCCAAGGCCAACACACUGGUAUACGAGGCAGAGCUGCUGGGCCGCUACCCAGAGGAGGACAAUGAAGCGUUCCCGCUACCUGAGUCGGUACCCGUCUUCUGCCUGCCCAUGGGGACCACUAUUGAGUGCUGGCCUGCCCAGACCAAGUACCCUGUGCCUGUCUUCUCCACCUUUGUGCUCACGGGUGCAGCUGGUGAUAAGGUGUAUGGUGCUGCUCUGCAGUUCUACGAGGCGUUCUCCAGGGCCCGGCUGUCGGAGCGGCAGGCACGGGCACUGGGCCUGCUGAGCGCCGUGGAGCGUGGCCGGGCGCUCGGGGGCCGGGCGGUGCGCAGCCGUCGCGCCAUUGCUGUGCUGUCCCGCUGGCCUGCCUUCCCUGCCUUCCGAGCCUUCCUCACCUUCCUUUACCGAUACUCCGUCUCAGGUCCCCACCGACUGCCCUUGGAAGCGCACAUCUCCCACUUCAUUCACAACGUACCCUUCCCUUCCCCACAGAGACCCCGAAUCCUAGUGCAGAUGUCUCCCUAUGACAACCUGCUCCUCUGUCAACCUGUGUCCUCACCCCUGCCCCUCAGUGGUGCCAGCUUCCUGCAGCUGCUGCAGAGCCUGGGCCCUGAGCUGGCUAUCAUGUUGCUGCUGGCUGUGCUCACGGAGCACAAACUACUAGUCCACUCGCUGCGGCCAGACCUGCUCACCAGCGUCUGCGAGGCCCUCGUCUCUAUGAUCUUCCCAUUGCACUGGCAAUGCCCCUACAUUCCUCUGUGCCCACUGGUGCUGGCAGAUGUGCUGAGCGCCCCGGUGCCUUUCAUUGUGGGUAUCCACUCCAGCUACUUCGAUCUGCAUGACCCACCUGCUGAUGUCAUCUGUGUCGAUCUUGACACCAACACGCUCUUCCAGACUGAGGAAAAGAAGCCCCUCUCCCCUCGGACCCUGCCCCGCAAGCCCUACAAGGUUUUGCUGGCCACACUGACAAACUUGUACCAGCAGCUGGACCAGACAUAUACUGGACCUGAGGAAGAGGCAUCCCUGGAAUUCCUGCUGACAGACUAUGAAGCAGUGUGCGGCCGCCGGGCCCGGCUGGAACGUGAAGUCCAGGGUGCCUUCCUCCGCUUCAUGGCCUGUCUGCUCAAAGGCUACCGGGACUUCCUGCGCCCACUCACCCAGGCCCCCUCUGAGGGAGCUCGAGAUGUGGACAACCUCUUCUUUCUGCAGGGCUUCCUGAAAUCCCGGGAACGUUCCAGCCACAAGCUGUACUCUCAGCUGCUGCACACGCAGAUGUUCUCUCAGUUCAUUGAGGAAUGUUCUUUUGGUUCUGCUCGGCAUGCUGCCCUUGAAUUCUUCGACUCUUGUGUUGACAAGGUCCACCCAGAGCAGGAGAAGCCUGAACCCACACCCUUGGUGGAGCUGGAGGAGCUGUCAGGAAGUGAGCUCACUGUCUUUAUCACCCCACCUGAGGAGCCUCCAGUGCCAGAGGGCAGUGAAUCCACCCCACUGUACUGCUAUGAUGGGUUCCCGGAGCUACGGGCUGAGCUGUUUGAGUCUCCUCAAGAGCAAUCCAGGGCCCUGCCUGUGCCAGGCCUGUCCCGCAGUGCCCCUAGCAGUCCUGCUCCUCGCCGUACCAAACAGGAGAUGAAGGUUGCACAGCGGAUGGCACAGAAAUCAGCAGGUAUGCCUGAGCUGUGGGCUCGGUGCCUGCUGGGGCACUGCUACGGCCUGUGGUUCCUGUGUCUGCCUGCUUACGUGCGGGCGGCGCCCUCCCGGGUGCGAGCACUGCACACAGCCUACCAUGUGCUGCGCCAGAUGGAGAGCCGCAAGGUGGUGCUCCCCGAUGAGGUGUGUUACCGGGUGCUGAUGCAGCUCUGCUCCCACUAUGGGCAGCCUGUGCUAUCUGUGCGGGUCAUGCUGGAGAUGCGACGGGCGGGCAUCGUGCCUAAUACCAUUACCUAUGGCUACUACAAUAAGGCUGUGCUGGAAAGCAAGUGGCCAUCUGGCACACCAGGUGGGCGCCUGCGUUGGGCCAAGCUCCGGAAUGUUGUCCUGGGGGCUGCUCAGUUCCGCCAGCCCUUGAGAGAACGGCGGCAGCAGCAGCAGCAACAGCAGCAGCAGCAGCAGCAGCAGCAGCAGCAGGAGGAGGAGGAAGCAGUGGCAGCACAGGAAGAUGCAGGCAGCUCCGGGACAGAUCUCCAUCUGGAGUGCCCCUCUCCCACCCGUCCCCUUCAGCGCCAGACUACCUGGGCUGGGCGCAGCCUGCGGGAUCCAGCCUCCCCCAUGGGGCGCCUGGUGAAGAGCAGCAGCCUGGGCAGUGCCCGUGGGGCACAGCCCACUGUGGAGGCCGGCGUGGCCCGUAUGAUUGAGGCCUUGAGGGUCUUGGAACCCCGGGGAUCACCUGUGCCCUGGCAUGAGGGAAGCCUCUCAGAUCUGAGCCUGACAGGGGAGGAACCAGCACCUGGAGGCAGUCCAGGGGCCUUGGGCUCAGCCCAGAAUGCCCAAUCCACUGAAGCCCUGGAAGGGCUAAGUGGGCGGCUGUCCAAGGCUAGUGGGCAUCAGGAUGAAGCAGGCACCCCCCGACGAGGACUGGGUGCGCGCCUCCAACAGCUGCUUACUCCUUCACGCCGCUCCCCAGCCUCCCGUGCUCCCCCACCUGAGCUGCCCGUUGACCUGCCUCCCCCAGCCCGCCGUAGCCCUAUGGACAGCCUUCUGCGCCCCCGAGAGCGCCCUGGAUCUACUGCCUCUGAGAGUUCAGCAUCUUUGGGCAGCGAGUGGGACAUCUCAGACUCUUCUUACAGCAGCCUGAGCUUUCGCCGUUCUUCAGAGCGUCUCAGUGACACCCCUGGAUCCUUUCACCCACCUUUCUUGGAAAUUCUGCUGUCUAGCUGCUCCCUGUGCCGUGCCUGUGACUCACUGGUAUACGAUGAGGAGAUCAUGGCUGGCUGGGCACCUGAUGACUCCAAUCUCAACACAACCUGCCCCUUCUGCGCCUGCCCCUUUGUGCCCCUGCUUAGUGUCCAGACCCUUGAUUCCCGACCCAGUGCCCCCACCCCCAAGCCUGUCCCUGCUGGUGCCAGUGGCAGCAAAGAUGCUCCUGUUCCUGGGGGCCCUGGCCCUGUGCUCAGUGACCGCAGGCUCUGUCUUGCCCUAGAUGAGCCCCAGCUCUGCAAUGGGCACAUGGGGGUUGCCUCCCGGCGGGUCGAGGGUGGGGCAUGGGCAUACCUGAGCCCCCUGGUGCUGCGUAAGGAGCUGGAGUCGCUGGUAGAGAACGAGGGCAGUGAGGUCCUGGCAUUACCUGAGCUGCCCGCUGCCCACCCCAUCAUCUUCUGGAACCUUCUGUGGUAUUUCCAGCGGCUGCGCCUGCCCAGUAUUCUGCCAGGCCUGGUACUGGCCUCCUGUGAUGGGCCCCCGCACCCCCAGGUCCCAUCUCCUUGGCUACUCCCUGAUCCAGCCUCAGUGCAGGUGCGGUUGCUGUGGGAUGUCCUGACCCCUGACCCCAAAAGCUGCCCACCUCUCUAUGUGCUCUGGAGGGUCCACAGUCAGAUCCCUCAGCGGGUGGUAUGGCCAGGCCCAGUACCUCCAUCCCUUAGCCUGGCAUUGCUAGAGUCAGUGCUGCGCCAUGUUGGACUCAAUGAGGUACACAAGGCUGUGGGGCUUCUGUUGGACACACUAGGACCACCGCCUACUGGCCUGCACCUACAGAGGGGUAUCUACCGUGAGAUCUUAUUCCUGACAAUGGCUGCUCUGGGCAAGGACCACGUGGACAUAGUGGCCUUCGACAAGAAGUACAAGUCUGCCUUUAACAAGCUGGCCAGCAGUAUGGGCAAGGAGGAACUGAGGCAGCGGCGGGCACAGAUGCCCACGCCCAAGGCCAUUGACUGCCGCAAAUGUUUUGGAGCACCUCUGGAAUGCUAGGGACCCUUAGCUUCCCACUCUAGUCUUAGGGUGGGGUGGGGAAGAAAAGAUUCUUCCCUGUUUCCUCUAUAGAGGAGUUGGGGUCAGGCUGACAAGCAUGCCCAGCCAUAGGCUCCAAGUGAGGGUAGCAGGAAGAGGGGAUCUACUACUGUUACUAAAAGUCACAGUUCCUUAUCUCCAACCUGCCCAAUUUCCUUGUGCUGAUGUUGGGGGAGGUCUGGAGGUAGUUAAGCACAGCUCUGUUCCUCCCCUGUCCUAUACCAGGAACCACCCCUGCUCCCAGGGAACCCACAGAUCUGCAUUGCCCUGGUCAUUUUAGAAGUUUUUGUUUUAAAAAACAACAGGAAAGAUAACAGAGCUACUGAGCCUUUGCCCUGAAUGGGAGGGAGGGAUUCCCCACCAAUAGUGGCCCCUCUCCCCUGGCAUUGCUGAAGGAGCCCAAGGCUUCCUACCUUAGUAUUUGUAUUUUAUUAUAAGUUAUUUAUUCUGAAGCCUCAGCCUCCUCGCUUAUGAGGUUCUCACGGAGGGUGAGAAAGAGAAGGGAAAUGGGACACCAUGGUCCAGUGGUUUGCAGCCUUGAAAAUCAGGUGGUGGGAAUUAGAGGGAUCCCAACCACCCCUUGGAAAGAAGUGGUGCCCCCCCAGUCCUAACCCUUGUCCACUCCUCAUUGGGGGAUGCCUCACUCACCCAGGGCCCUGCCUGACCUGUGCAAUAAGGAUUGUUUAUGGCAAAGUUUUGUUGGAUGUAAAUACAGUAAAAGCUGCUUCUGUCUUUUUC